GCAGCCUUCAUUCGAGUUCUCCCCCUGGCGGAGAAGAAGCUCGUCAGAAAGAUCGACUUGACCGUCUUGCCCAUCAUGGUGGUCGCCUACAUGAUGGCCUUCCUGGACAAACAAACCCUCAACUACACCUCGUUAAUGGGCCUUCUGCAAGACCUCCACUUGACAGGGAAUCAAUACAGUUGGUCCUCAGGGAUAUUCUACUUCGGCUACUUAUUCUUCUCCUACCCAGCCUCCCUUCUGAUGGUCAAGUUUCCUUUGGGAAAAUACCUCGCCAUCAACUUCAUCCUCUGGGCCAUCAUCCUCGCCUGCCACGCUGCAACCACCAACUUCGCAACGUUGAUGGUCACCCGCUUCUUCCUCGGCUGCACCGAAGCAAGCCUAUCCCCAGGCUUCACCCUCAUCACAUCGUUGUGGUACCGCACCUCAGAGCAACCACUACGCGCGGGUAUUUGGUUCUGCGGCAACUCACUUUCUCUCAUUCUCGGGAACUCGAUCGCUGUCGGGAUUCUUGGUAUCAGGAGUAAACUCGGGGCGUGGCAGUGGCUAUUCAUCAUCUUCGGAAUCCUGACCUUUCUCUGGGGUAUCCUCAUGCUCUUCCACCUCCCCGAUUCCCCGACUAACGCGAAAUUCCUGACCGAGGAGGAAAGAAUGAUCGCGACCGAGCGAUUAAAGGCGAAUAACACUGGAUUUAAGAAUACGCAUCUUGAUCGGAGUCAGAUUAUGGAGGUUUUCCGUGAUCCGAAGACUUUGUUGUUGGCGAUUCUGGUUUUGACGGCUAAUAUUCCAAAUGGGGGGUAUACAACUUUCAAUGGCCUAGUUUUGAAGGGUUUCGGAUUCGACACCCGCCAUACAUUGCUCCUGGGACUUCCUGGUGGCUUCAUUGUCUUUCUCUUCGUCUUGAGCGCCGGAGCACUCUCAUCCAAGUUCAAGAAUAGCCGAUGCUUGGUGAUGAUUGGCAUGAACAUAAUCAGUAUCGUGGGAAGUGUCCUCGUCUACGUCUGCAAAUCCACCGGAGCCCGCUACGCCGGCCUUAUCCUCAUGGGCGUCUACUCAGCUGCGAUGCCGAUCGCUAUCGCUAUAAUUAGCUCUAAUGUGGGUGGUUUCACCAAGAAGGCAACUGUCAGUGCAGUGUUUUUCAUUCUAUACUGCGUGGGUAAUAUUAUCGGUCCACAGCUUUUCUUUGAGAGUGAAGCUCCUAAGUACCAGAGUGGGUUCCUGGCCAUUAUCAUCUGCUUGGCGAUCAAUGUCGCUGAUAGCGCGGCUCUGCUGUAUUAUCUUCGGUGGGAGAAUAUGCGAAGAGAUAGGAAGGAGGGAGUUUCUGAGCCCGACGAGUCUCAGGAGAAACAAGGAGUUACGGGUCCGAGAGAGCUAUCCGACUCUACAGACCUGAAGAAUGAUAAGUUCAGAUAUGUCUACUAG